AUGGCCACAACCGACAAGUCUAUCCCAUCUCCCGGAACUGAAGAUGGUGAAAGCCAGCAAGGCUCAACGGAAUUACGCGCCGCCAAACCUAAUGCUCGACCAAAAUGUUUUGGUUCAACAUCACAGGAAAUUCUAUUCAUCAUAACUGCGACCAUGGGCGUGGCCAUGCCAAAUGUCCUGCAAGGAUGCACCAUCGUCAUUUCAUCGUUUGUACAGGCUGGCCUUGGCAUGACAACUUCUGAGAUUACAUGGAUGACGGCUUCAUCGGCCUUGACGUCGGGCUCUUUCCUGCUCUUCUUUGGCAAAGCGGCAGAUCUGUUUGGUCGGCGAUCCAUAUUCAUAGCCAGCAUUUUCUUCUUCGCCGUGCUUGCCCUGGCGACGGGCUUCUCGCGCGACGGAGUCACGCUGGAUACUCUGAAUGGACUGAUGGGCUUGGUGUCUGCAUCCCUCCCCGCCGGUCAAGGCAUCCUUGGGAACAUCUACGAGGCGCCGUAUAGGAGGAAGAAUUACGCAUUUGCAUGCUGGAGCGCCGGCAAUCCACUGGGCUUCGUCUUUGGCUCCAUUUUCGGCGGCAUUGCCACGCAACUCUUUGGAUGGCGCGCAUCCUUUUGGCUGCUUGCUAUCAUUUAUUUCGUGGUUACUAUUCUCGCUUGCUUCACCGUUCCAGCCGAUGAAACCAAGAAACUACCCCUGUCAUUUCAGUCACUGAAGCAGUUUGAUGUCGUUGGAGCAGUGUUGGCCAUUGUCGGUAUUGGUCUAUUCUCCACCGGUCUAAGUAUCGGACCCGAUGCUCCUCAGGGCUGGAAGACGCCGUACGUUCUCACUUUUAUCAUAUUGGGACUUCUACUCGUUAUGACAUUCCUGUGGUGGGAGUGCCGAUUUCCGUAUCCACUCAUGCCAAUGGAUAUUUGGCGUGAUAGAGAGUUUUCUCUGCUCAUCGCAAUUGUCUUCCUCGGGUCCAUGGCAUUCCCACCCAUGACCUUUUUCGUCGCCUUGUACCUUCAAGAGCUCUCUGGGUUCUCUGCCCUGAUGACGGCUGUGCACAUGCUUCCAAUGGCCGUCAGCGGAAUCUUAGCUAACAUAUUCGCUGGUAUGGUGCUUCAUGCCAUCUCCAAUAGACUGCUGGUUGGCAUAGGGGCGGCUAGUUACACAGUGGCCUUCCUUCUUGUCGCUGUUCAGCGAUCUGGUGAUUCCUACUGGGCAUUCACGUUUCCGGCCCUCGUGAUCGCCGUGAUAGGAGCUGACUUUGAGUUCAACGUAGCUAAUAUGUACGUCGUCUCGUCACUGCCCAAAUCUCAGCAGUCUAUCGCAGGAUCUAUAUUCCAGACAGUCUCGAAGCUCUCUGUCACUAUUGGCCUUGGGAUCUGCACAGCUAUUUACAAUAGUAUGUCUAAGAAUCCUGCCAUCUCAGGCUACUACGCUUAUGACUCGUUUGAGCCGUACGCGGCAACGUUUUGGUUUGCUAUGGGGAGUACCUUCAUCAGUAUGUUUCUUGUGCCGUUUCUCAGGAUCAAGACGCAGGGUCAUGCAGUUUAG